UUCGAAGGUUUUCGUAUUUGUCCGUAGCAUUUUUUCAUCACUAGUUGGACUUGUUUGGGUGUUGUUCAUAUAUUAAACAAUAACAAACGUAAGUAAAAAUCUCUCGAUUUUAACCAUGUCGGCGGUCGUUACUCAGCCACAGGCCGGGGCGAAGGGUCAGGAGUUCGCUAUGAUGACCGCACCACCCCCAACAGUCGUCGUUCCAGCCGGUCUCCCUCCGGGUUUGGCGUAUCUUGGCGCUAUUGAAGAAGUACGGGUACAUCAAGAACUGGAACUGAUUGAAGUGUUGGUUGGCUGGGAGAAAAACAACCGAUACAAAAUCUGUAACACCUCGGAACAGCAGUUCAUGUAUGCAAAAGAAGACACGGACUGCUGCACUCGGCAGGUUUGCGGGACGGCGCGACCAUUUGUGAUGAACAUCACGGAUAACGACGGUCAGAACCUGAUACAGCUUCACCGGCCGUUCCGUUGUCAAGGCAGCAUGUUUUGGUGCUGCUGUCUACAGGAGAUGGAGAUCCAUUCGCCGGCUGGGGUUCCCAUAGCAACCAUCAAGGAAAUUUGGACGUGUUGGACACCACGCUACAAAGUGUUUGACAUGAACGGAACUCCGCUGUUCACCAUCCUCGGUGAAUGCUGCUACUGCAAAUGCUGUUCCGACGUUAUUUUCAAGGUUUUCCAUGGCGAAGAUGAGUCGGUGGAGACUGGACAGAUCAUCAAACACUGGGGCGGCUGCAGGGAAGUGUUCGGAGGAGCUAACGACUUUUCUCUGCGUUUCCCAUCUGGCAUGGAUGUUUUGACGAAGGCAAUUCUUCUUGGAGCAACAUUUCUCAUCGACUUCAAUUACUUUGAGUACAGCAGGAAUUGAGUAAUGUUAAUCUGCAGUGUUGAAACAAUAUUCUAUAAAAAAAAAUUCUGAUAAUUGUGUAGUGUUAAUAUGCAGUGUUGAAACAAUAUUCUAAACAACAAAUUCUGGUAAUUGUGUAGUGUUAAUAUACAGUAUUGAAACAAUAUUCUAAACAACAUUCUGGUAAUUGUGUAGUGUUAAUAUGCAGUGUUGAAACAAUAUUCUAAACAACAAAUUCUGGUAAUUGUGUAGUGUUAAUCUAAAGUGUUGAAACAAUAUUCUAUAAAAAAAAAAUUUAGAUACCACUUCCACUUGAACAAAGCCAAUUUUGAAAAGACAUAACCAGCCCAUUUUCACAAAAUUGUUUUUAAACAUCAACAAAGGUUACAUAUUAUUGAUUAAACCAAAAGGAUAGCAAACAACAAUAGUUAGUUAGCUUGCACAUUACUGCAAUUUUCUACUAAAUCAAUGUGUGUAAACUGCAUAUUGUUAAUAUUCGUCAAAAACAUUAUUUCAGCUGAUCCAACAACUUAAGCUUAUUAGUUUUUUUGGUUGGUUAUUUUUUGUGCUUUUUUUUUGUUUUUUGGAGGGGGUGGGGGGGGGGAGGGAGUAUGUGUGCUUAGUUUUGGUUGGGUUUUUGUAUACUUUUUUUUGGUAAUAUUUUUUUUUUAAUGAGGUCACUAUUUAAAGUUCUAUGUUGUUAAUAUGUUGCUAUUGUGUUAUGAUUUAUAGUACAUAUAUACGUUUAAAUUAACUGUUCAAAAUAGUGCCGGGUAAUGUUUAUGGUGCUCAGCUGAGAUCUGCAUAUAAAGAAUUAUUUAUUGACAAAGUGACCUUGAGAUAAAUGCCAAUGUGAUAGCAAGAUUGAUUUUAUACAGUAUGUUGGUUUUUUUAUUUUAUUUGUUUGUUUGUUUUGUUUGUUUGUUUGUUUGUGUGGGUUUUUUCCACGUAUGGCAGACACAAUCUGGUUAUAUACCCUGUACAGUGUCGCUUUUUUCUGCAGUGUUAAGCAUAAUGUUGAUAUUUUUAUUCCUUUUUAUACUGUUCAUAAUCCAUUAUGGGUUUCGCGAUCCACCAUCACUUAACACAAGGCAAACGGAUCUGUUUUUACACAUUUUAAUUAACCAGAUACCUUAAUAUUUUAAUUUUAUAACCCCCUUUUGGGUGCCUUAAAUGUUUUUCGAUAUUUUAUUUAUUACAAUAUCUCUGUAUAUGAGAAUUGGUUGGUAAAAAAAAGUUCAAUGCUUCACAUUCAGAAUUGGCCAUGUUAGUUAAUUUGACUAUAUAAAGCAAAUUCUUUCAUGAACAGUUUUAUACUCAGGUGUAAAUUAAGCUUUAAUUUAACAUGAGUGGUGAAUGUAAAUUCAUUUGUAUGAAAGAAUAUGGAAUAGAAUUCCUACAUUACAGUCAAAUAACUGACCAUCCAUAGACCAAAAAUAUAACUGCUUGGAACCGAUGCUUGAUAUCACUACUGUCGUAAUGAUAAAUCUUGCUACAACUAGAGAAAAUCAUUAUAAAAUUUGUUUUCUAUUACGGUAAUGUCUUUUUGUUUUGGUGGGAUACUUAACUUUAUUCCAAGCAUAAAGCAUGUUUGACAUGACACAUCAGGACUAAUGUCAGAUGUCGGUCCCAAACGGUGACAGCCAAUCAUCAGGACUAAUGUCAGAUAUCGGUCCCAAACGGUGACAGCCAAUCAUCAGGACUAAUGUCAGAUAUCGGUCCCAAACAGUGACAGCCAAUCAUCAGGGCUAGCUCUGGCACUCACCAAAUUCACCGGUUGUGAAUUUCAAGAACAGUUGGCAAAUUUUAUUUUUAAUUUGGCAAAAUAAUUUUAUGAAAUAACGGAUAUUUUUGUUUUAAAAUAAGUGGAUUUCAAGUUUAGUAGAUAAUUUGGUGAAACUUUCUGUUGACCCAGAGUUAGCCCCAAAUCAUUAAUAUGUAGCCGUUAUGAAAGUCUGUCCACUUUGUAUAUUUUAUUUAUAGAUUUCCGUGCACUGUACAAUGACGUAGAAACCAUUGCCGUAAGCCUUUGCUCAACUUUUCCCCAUAAUCUAUUAUGGGUUUCGUAAUCCACCAUCACUUAACACAAGUCAAACGGAUCCGUUUUUACAAAUUUUAAUCAUCCAGAUACCUCAAUUUUAUUUAAUUUUAAUUUUAUAAGCCCCUUUUGGGUGCCUUAAAUGUUUUUCAGUAUUUUAUUUUUUGCAAUCUCUCUAUAUAUAGCUUAGAGAUUAUUUUUAGCAUUACGUCUCAUCAUAUAUAUGUACCAGCAUUUGUUUUUUAUUGUUAUGGUUUAUAUUUUUAAAUAUAUCAUAUACAUAUAUAUAUACUAGUAUUAAAAUAAAUGUAAUUGGCGGAUCCAAGGUAAAAGCAAGCAUGGGUGACAUUGCUAAGGCUGUGGUGCUGAUAGACAGGGAGAGAGGUGGAUAGAAAAUUUGAAUAUGAUGCCUAUUGUCACAUUCAUUUUAACUUACUUUCGUGCUUAUAUCCAAUUAAGGUUCAAGCACCCUGUCCUGGGCACACACCUCAGCUAUCUGGGCUGUCUGUCCAGGACAGUGGGUUAGUUGUUAGUUGGUUAGUGGUUAGUGAGAGAGAAGAGGGUGUAAUGGCCUUACACCUACCCAUUGAAUCGUUAAAACUCUCUCUAGAUUGGAGCCAGUACCCGGCUGCGAACCCUGUACCUACCAGCCUGUAGUCCGAUGGUAUAACCACUGCACCACUGAGGCCGGAGUAUUGUCACAGCAGAGGAUAAUGCCUAUAUGAACAAAAAAGAAUAAGAUUUCAUCUUUCUAUUAAAUGAAGUUAUCAAAGUAACAAUGUUAUAAUUCUUUGCAUAUUAAAUAGUUUUAUUGACUCUCUUAGUUAUUGUAAUAGAUGUAUAUUCAGAGGCUUGAAGUAACAAAUGUAUUAGGGUUUGUGUGCUGUCAAUUAUAUUGUCAUUUGUGAUGUUACGUCACAUUGUUAUAAAGUGACGCCAUAUUGAGGUAUGAUGUUAAGUUAGUUAUUUAAGUUUUAAAAGUAAACUUUUCAAGUGUUGGUCGAACAAAUGAGUAUUUACAAUUUUCCGGACUGUGACAGUGUUACGUCUCAAGGAUUACGACCCCAAAUUUUUUCUAAGGGGAGGGAAAGGGGGUGCCAGGACUCGUGAGUCUCUCCUUGGAUCCAUGCCUACAGUUAACCUAUAAAACUUCUUAUUUGUAUUUUACUUUUUGAAAUGAUACAUUUUUUAAACAGUAUACAUGUAUAUAACUUCAUAAUUUAACAUGGACUAUAUAUUAUAUUUUAUAAUUUACUAGUAAUAAAUGUGGUGUUGUCAAUACUG